AUGGAGGAAGCAUGAACAACAUUUAUAUUACGAAAUCUUGCAUCUACAUCAUGUGGAUUAGCAUCUGUGUGGACCUCCUCUCUGCAGAACCUGAGAUCAGUGUAUCUGGCCCAGUGGGUUCUACAGCUGUCCUGCCGUGUCAACUGACGAGUGUAGACACUGACAGACUGUAUAUUAGAUGGGGCAUUGAUUCUGAGAUUGUGUUUGAGCGACUGGGUGAGAGGUCGUAUCAGGAUGAGGGAUAUGAGGGUCGUGUGGACGUUCCUGUGGAGGAGCUGCGUAAGGGGAACUGUUCACUGGUGUUACACAAUCUAAAAGUAACAGAUGCAGGAGUCUACACCAGCUACCAGAUAGUGAGACGUAGGAAGAGAUCUGCUCACAUAGGUCAAAAAGAACUCCUAAUCAGCCGUAUUGAACUUUCAGUCUAUGGUAAAGGUGAGUCCGAAGACACAAUCAUUACACACACACCUGAAAACAAAGCUGGACAUGAGAAACGGUUGGACAAGUGAUGAAUAAUAAGAAGCAGUUUAGUGACAACAUCCCAGUUUCUGCACUACAGAGCAUUGCAUGUGCGUGUAAGAUGGAGACAACAGAAAACAUCAAAAACAUUCUGAAAAGACAUGCUUUGAGCAUUUUGAAUCAAACCAAAUCAAACUACAUUUAUAUAACACUUUAAAAACAAAUUACAGAUAAAAGGAGCGUGCUCUAGUAUAAACAAUAAGCAAGA